AUGCUAAACAGCUCUCCUUUGCCAUCAUUGGACUUGAACGAGUGGUUUUUCACUGCCAAAACUAAACACCAUAGUACUUCAGCCUGUAGCGUAACGGUGGUGGUGCAGAUCGUCUGUAUGCUGGUGGUGGGAUUACUGGCAGUGGACUGCGAGGAGCGAGCAGGCAAGGUUGAGGGAGCAGUGGAGGUUGAUGGCGUCGAUGUAGCCGUUGGUCCAGCGCAAAACAGCGACAGUGGUAGCUGGGUGUUACGUCCUCCCCGCAUCCUGGCUUUGUGGCUAGUAGACUCCCUGUGGGAAUUAACCGCCUUCACCCCCAUCCAAUGGUUUGGUGUUGUGGUGUUAUCAUUCUUACCGGGUCUCUCUGAAGAAACUCUGACUUCACAAGAGCUUGGUGUUUAAAACAAGGAAGACCUUGUUUUGGUACAAGAAAAGGAUCUAGAGAGAUACCUUAGACCUAUUCAGUGUCGAAAAUUACUGAACGGAUUUCAAGGCCUUGCAGAGGUUGAUUUGGAACUGGUUCCUGUCCCCUCUCCAACCUUCAUCCCCAGCUCCUCAAGCACUCCUUGCACCAUACCAUCAAGCUCCAUGCACUCAAGACACUGUUUGCAGCUUGGCAGACCGUGGCAAUGGCAUGCAGACUUCCAAGUCAACUAGGAUAGGAUGUCAGCGGCAAUUCGAUAUCAGGCAAUAACGAAUAAAACAAGACCAUCACCAGGAGAUAGAAAAGAUAUGGUGAAGGCAGUGGUGGAUCAAAUGUUUGAGCAUGAUCGUAACCCAACUAGAGCAAUAUGUCAUCAGGUUGUUCGAAGCAUUGUGAGGAGCCAUCCGAAAUGUUUCGCUGAUGUUGCAAAAAAUGGAGACAUCCACAGUGAUGGUUGUUAUUCUCUUUUGCAGCAAAUUAUAACUAGGGUGGAAUAUAAAAACGGAAACAAUAUUCUUGUGAGAUGACGCAGAAAGAGAAAGAGAAGGCCACGCAGUGAGGUACCAGAGGAAAAUAGAGGCAUGGCAAGAGGCCCUGUGGAUCAGUAUGGCUGUGUCAGGUGGUGUCCUGCAGAAAUUCCGCCAGGUGAAACAGAGGCGUCAUUGGAUGGCAUCAAAAGUCAUCUCCUCAACAUCUACUCAGAGGAAGGCAUGAGUGGUGCUGAGAGAGUUGAACCUCUGAUGGAGAAGACCUACGUCAUUCAGCGCCGCUAUCUGAACAGUAUGCCUGCACCAGCCAUUGCAGUGGUUUAGGAGGAAUGGCAUCCAUUUUUCACCAUUUUUUCCCACUUCAGUCUUUUGACUGAUGUCUCCAUCCUUGUGAAGUUUCGAGAGGCCCUGGAUAACAAAUGCAACACCAUUAUGAAGUCCUGCCAAGACGUCAACGGUCAUCAAGGGGUGAAAGAUGUUCUGGCUUAUUUUGAACCCAAGGCUUCAGACAAGGCUGCAUGUGUUCUUCUCCUCCUGAUGGCGUACUUCAAAGAGUCCAAAGAUGCCAUUGUGCUUGAUGUUGAUGUGUGUGCCAUAGCCACUGACAUUGAAAGGACGGUAAUGCUACCAAGCACCCCUCGCUUGAUUGUCCAAGGGCUGUAG